UCUAUUGCGAGCAUUGAAUGUGACAAUGGAAGAAGUAUGUGAUGCACUUUAUGAAGGAAAUGAGUUGCCUGUUGAGUUCCUCCAAACCUUGCUGAAGAUGGCACCGACGACUGAUGAACAACUUAAGCUUAGACUUUUUACUGGUGAGCUAUCUCAACUUAGCCUUGCUGAUCAGUUCUUGAAAGCGAUGGUUGACAUUCCAUUUGCUUUUAAGCGAAUGGAAGCACUUCUUUUCUUGAGUACACUUAAAGAGGAGCUCAAUUCUACUAUCGAGCCUUUUGCAGUUCUAGAGAACACUAUGGUGCUGUUUAGUUCAUGUAGCAAACUCCACCUAGUGAGACAAGGCUUAGUUGUUAAGGUCGUUGUGUUGUAUCAUCAAGAUAUAUCAUUCUAUCAAUCUUAGGCUGGCAAAAGUAACAAUGUAAAUUUUGAGUAGCUGGGUAUAGUGAGUCCUUAAACUGACUCAUUUAUGUCCUACAUUUAUUUCUAUAAUCCAAUUAUUGAAUUGUUAAUUAAUAUGCUGAUUAUUUUUCGUUCAGCGGUUGGACC